AUGUCUUAUUACAACAACUACCACCAUCAACCAACAGCGCCUACAGCUUCACUUCCGCACAACCACCAUGGCGGUCGGAAUCGGAGAGCACCUAGAUUAUCUGUAUCGCAGAACUCUCAAAAACAGUUUCGCGGUGUAAGGAGCAUGAAAGAGUUGAGCGAAUCCGCCUCCGUAUCUGCCUUCCGAUCACAAUUCGAAGCUAGCCGCUCGUUCGACCUGGAAGAUGAUAUGGAGUUCUGCCCCAAGUUGUUGACAGAGACUGAUCUUGUAUCAAUAAGCAGCGCCUCUUCCGACCGUUCAUCAUUGUCCAGCAACUCACCUAACUCAUCUCCCACACAACACCCGCAACAAAUCGCAUCUAACUUUUCUCUCAACUCCACCUCUCCGGCUUUCAUUCCUCCUAGUUACCACAGUCAGCAGUCGAGCCUAAAGUUGCACGCACCCGCCGCUACCCGGGCGCGUAACGCAAUUCCUAUCAUCAACCCCGCUAAUGGCUUAACUAUGUCGAGCCCGCCCCCAUCCGUCUCACCUGCCAGGAUGCAACAUAUCAGCAGACGAUGGUAG